UAGUGUCCACUAGGAGGCUUGACUAACAAGGUAUUUGUAUGGACGCAAACAUUUAUGGCGUAAACUGUAAAAUAUUGAUGAAACGAUGCUUUAAAGGACCACGAAUCGUUGCUGUCGGAGGAUUCUGCGUUUGAUGGUAGAUUAUCAACGAUCAACAGUCUCCUAUCUAUUGGCCAGUCUAGUGUGCAUCUAUGAACUCCAUACCGCCCUCCACUUCUGCCGUCAGUAGCCCUGUCAGCUCCGUAGAUUCGCCACUGUCAGCCGUCAGCUCGUCCAUCGGCUCUCCCGGCGUUCCCGGCACGCCAUCCGUCGGCUAUGGACCAAUCAGCAACUCUCAGAUAAACUCCUCAAUGUCUGUGUCUGGGUUACAUGCUGUCAGCAGCUCUGAUGAUGUGAAACCCCCUUUUGGCUUGAAGUCUGUCAGUGGCUCUGGGCCAAUGCUGUCCCAGAAACGCAUGUGCGCCAUUUGUGGGGACCGUUCCUCUGGGAAGCAUUAUGGCGUGUACAGCUGCGAAGGCUGUAAGGGUUUCUUCAAGCGCACAGUCAGGAAGGACCUGAGCUAUACCUGCAGGGACAACAAGGAGUGUCUGGUCGAUAAAAGACAGCGCAAUCGCUGCCAGUACUGCCGCUAUCAGAAGUGCCUGGCCAUGGGAAUGAAAAGAGAGGCUGUUCAGGAUGAGCGGCAGAAGAAUAAGGAACGGGAUGGAGACUAUGAAUGCAGCAGUUCAGCCAAUGAGGAGAUGCCUGUGGAAAAGAUCCUGGAGGCUGAGACAGCUGUAGAGCACAGAUCAGACUUGCACUCUGAUGCCACUGGUUCACCCAACGAUCCAGUCACUAACAUCUGCCAGGCUGCAGACAAACAGCUGUUCACUCUGGUGGAGUGGGCCAAGAGAAUCCCUCACUUCUCUGAGCUGCCCCUGGAUGACCAAGUCAUUCUGCUCAGGGCUGGAUGGAAUGAGCUCUUGAUCGCUGCCUUCUCUCAUCGCUCCAUCAGCGUGAAGGAUGAGAUUCUGUUGGCCACAGGUCUACAUGUGCCCAGAGACAGCACUCACAACUUGGGCGUGGAGGCCUUUUUUGACAGGGAAAGUGCACACAGUGCAGAAGUGGGAGCCUUAUUCGACAGGGUGCUGACUGAGCUGGUCUGUAAGAUGCGUGAUAUGCAAAUGGACAAAUCUGAACUUGGCUGUCUGCGUGCCAUAGUUCUGUUUAACCCAGAUGCCAAAGGUCUGACUAGCAGCAGUGAGGUGGAGCUUCUCAGAGAGAAAGUGUACGCAUCUCUGGAGGCCUAUUGCAAACAAAAAUACCCAGAUCAGCAGGGGAGGUUUGCCAAGCUCCUCCUCCGACUACCUGCGUUGCGUUCCAUUGGCCUUAAGUGUCUGGAGCACCUUUUCUUCUUUAAACUGAUUGGAGACACCCCCAUUGACACUUUCCUAAUGGAGAUGCUGGAGUCGCCCCACUAGCUGCGUCAGAGGAAGAAUGGGAGACAGGGUUUUUCUACCCUAGGUCCUGGAGAUAACUGUGACUGCACUUUUUCUUCCCAGGGGAAUUACAACGAUUGGUCAGCCUCUGGUCUGGGGGUAUUUUGUUUUAGUUCAGAUAUUACUUUUCUUUUUCUCUUGACUAUCUCUUAAGUGCACCAUAGAGUCUAGAGACCCAAAACUUGCCAUGAAAAAUUGUUGGUGCUACAUUUCAACAGUAAGCUAAUUCUUAUAUAUAUAUACAGUUGUGCUCAAAAUUAUUCAUACCCUUGGUAAAUAUGAUCAAAGAAGGCUGUGAAAAUAAAUUUUUAUUAUUAAUCAUUUUGAUCUUUAUUUUUAAAAUUAACAAAAAUCUAACCUUUCAUUGUAGAAUAAGAAUUUAAAAUGGGAGAGAAUUCUCAUUAUGAAAAAAAAAAAAAAAAAAUUUUU